UUUAAUUCUGUUUUAGAGUAAAGAUGGGAAGACUCCAUUGCACAUGACAGCAAUUCACGGCAGAUUCUCAAGGUCACAGACCAUCAUUCAGAAUGGUGCAGAGAUAGAUUGUGAAGAUAAGAAUGGUAAUACUCCAUUACAUAUAGCUGCUCGAUAUGGACAUGAACUUCUUAUAAACACUCUAAUCACCAGUGGAGCAGACACUGCAAACCGGGGUAUCCACGGAAUGUUUCCACUACAUUUAGCAGCCUUAAGUGGUUUUUCUGAUUGCUGUCGCAAGUUGUUGUCCUCAGGUAUUUAUAAUUAAUUUGGAACUAAAAGUCACUACUCCCUGUCUAGCCAUUCUCUACUGCUGACUCAUGAAGCAAAGACAUUUUGACGUACUCAAGAUAUGGGGAUAGAACUUCACCUCGGGCAGUGAUGCAAAAUAUUAGAUCAGUAGCACACAAUGUGCAUGUAUUUAAUGAUGCAAUAAAAUAUUUAAAAAAAAAUUUUUAAUUGCAUUGCAGUAUAACCAGCAGCUUAUCCAAAAAUGCCAGUUAUAUGCCACUGUACAAGAUGACUUUCUAACCCAUGAUCUGUACGUUACCAUCUUUUCAAAACAAAAUUCCACUGCUCUUGCAACCUACACCCUAUUUAUUGUUGAGUAUUAGAUCCCUAAUUCAUUUUGUUUCAGCACUUGACAGUUGAUUCCUGAAUAAACAGGUGACUAUUUUGUGGUGCAGAACCAUGAACCAACAGAAAGUCUGCAUCUUUUCCUAUUGCCAGAUUUAUCUUCCAUUGGCUUCCACUUUCCAAAAUCGCUUGCACUUUUUUGUUUGUUACAUAACAUUAAGAUGGAUUAAACUAAAACGUAAAAUACAAAGAUAAAAAGUAUGAGCAAGUAUAGCUGAAUGUUGUAUGUAAUACAAAUAUUAAUGCAUUUGAAUUUCUUGUGCAUUGUAAGGUAGUUAAUGGACUGAAGGAACUUAGUGUUAUCACUUCCUUACCAUGAUAAGUUGCGGUUUUUCUGAAAAUAAUAUCCCCGUGACUGGAAAAACUGUUGUAUGCUGAUUUACCUUAAUAUAAAUAAUUUUCUUUCUAAAGGUGAGACAAGUGAUAACAUCACUGCCCUAAUCUGUCAACUUUCUAUUAAAAGUUCUAUAUCUUUUAUGUUGUGAGGUAAUGUUAGAUUAUUGUAAGUGAAUAUGAUUUGCGAACAUGAUCCCAUACAGGGGUGUAAUUUUAAAGACCCGACAUUUGAGCAUUUCCUGUACUUACGAAUAGCUGCUUCACAUUGUCUUGCAUUGUUUUCAAUUUGCAAACAGACUCCAGAACAGAACCCAAGAUAACAAGGUUUAGAGCUGGAUGAA